CCGCCGUCGUCUUCCCCGUCACCACAGAGGUAAUAUGGUCGCCGGCGAUGGACGGCCCCGGAGCAGGAUGCCCCUUUGAGUACUUAAUUGAACCUCUAGAUGACAGUUCUGAUAAGAAGUUCUUCAACGUUCCUAAACUUGGAGGCAUCAAAUAUGAUGUUUUGCCUUACUCAAUACGGGUAUUGCUGGAAGCCGCAGUUCGAAACUGUGAUGGCUUCCUUGUGAAAAAAGAAGAUGUUAUGAACAUUUUAGACUGGAAAGUAAAGCAAAACAAUGUUGAAGUGCCCUUUUUUCCUGCUCGUGUUGUUCUUCAAGAUUUUACCGGAAUUCCUGCAAUGAUAGAUUUUGCUGCAAUGAGAGAAGCGGUGAAAAAUCUUGGAGGAGAUCCUAAGAAAGUCCACCCUGCCUGCCCAACAGAUCUCACUGUUGACCAUUCUUUGCAGAUUGACUUCAGUAAAUGCGCAAUACAAAAUGCACCCAACCCCGGAGGUGGUGACCUGGCGAAGACAGCAGCCAAGCUUUCUCCUCUCAAAGUGCAGCUUCGAAAACUCCCUUGCAGAGGCCAGGCGGCCUGCCGAGGACCGUGUGAUUCUGGGGAAGCAGUCCGCAACUCAGGAAAAUUCUCCGCGCAGAUUGAGAACACACCUCUCCUCUGCCCCUUUCACUUACAGCCAGUGCCUGAGCCCGAAACAGUGUUAAAAAACCAGGAGGUAGAAUUUGGCAGAAAUCGAGAGAGACUUCAGUUUUUUAAGUGGGGUUCAAAAGUGUUUGAGAAUGUGACCGUAAUCCCUCCUGGAACCGGAAUGGUUCAUCAAGUGAACUUGGAAUACCUGUCCAGAGUGGUUUUUGAAGUAAAGGAUCUCCUCUUUCCAGACAGUGUAGUUGGCACAGAUUCUCACAUAACCAUGGUGAAUGGCUUGGGAAUUCUGGGGUGGGGUGUUGGAGGAAUUGAGACAGAAGCAGUUAUGCUUGGCCUGCCAGUCACUCUUACUUUGCCAGAGGUGGUAGGUUGUGAGUUAAUUGGCUCAUCAAGUCCAUUUGCUACAUCCAUAGAUGUUGUUCUUGGCAUUACAAAACACCUCAGGCAAGUAGGAGUGGCAGGAAAAUUUGUCGAAUUCUUUGGAAGUGGAGUAGCCCAGCUCUCUAUAGCUGACCGAACUACAAUAGCAAACAUGUGUCCUGAGUAUGGUGCUAUCCUGAGCUUUUUCCCCGUUGAUAAUGUGACAGUUAAGCAUUUAGAGCAUACAGGUUUUGACCGGGCUAAGCUUGAGUCGGUGGAAACGUACCUUAAAGCUGUGAAGUUGUUUAGAAGUGACGAGAGUUCUUUGGAAGAACCUGAGUAUUCCCAGGUUAUACAAAUUAAUCUGAGCUCUAUAAUUCCAUCGGUCAGUGGCCCAAAGAGGCCACAGGACAGAGUGGCUGUGACAGAUAUGAAGAGAGAUUUCCAGGCCUGUUUAAAUGAAAAGGUUGGCUUUAAAGGCUUCCAGAUUGCAGCUGAAAAACAAAACGAUAUCAUGCCUAUUCAGUAUGAAGGAAAUGAAUAUAAUCUCUCUCAUGGAUCUAUUGUCAUCGCAGCAGUAAUCAGUUGCACAAAUAACUGCAAUCCAUCUGUCAUGCUUGCUGCCGGUUUAUUGGCCAAGAAGGCUGUUGAGGCCGGCCUGCAGGUUAAACCUUACAUAAGAACAAGCUUGUCUCCUGGCAGUGGAAUGGUUACACAUUACCUCAGUUCAAGCGGAGUAUUACCAUAUCUUAGUAAACUUGGAUUUGAAGUAGUUGGCUAUGGGUGUUCAACGUGUGUUGGAAAUACAGCUCCCUUACCGGAAGCAGUUCUAAAUGCAAUAAAACAGGGUGAUUUAAUUGCUUGUGGGGUUUUGUCUGGAAACAAAAAUUUUGAAGGUCGUCUUUGUGAUUGCGUCCGUGCCAACUACCUUGCCUCACCUCCUCUUGUAGUGGCUUAUGCCAUAGCAGGCACAGUUAACAUAGACUUCCUGACAGAACCUCUAGGUACUGAUUCUAGUGGGAAAGAUAUCUACCUACGUGACAUUUGGCCUGACCGAGCAGAACUUCAUCAAGUGGAAGAGAUGCAUGUUAUAUCGUCUAUGUUUAAGGAAUUGAAAGAAAAAAUGGAGAAAGGCAAUAAACGAUGGAAUUCCUUAGAUGCACCAGAUUCAGUCUUGUUUCCCUGGGAUUUAAAAUCCACUUAUAUCAGAUGUCCAUCUUUUUUUGAUAAACUUGCCAAAGAACCAUUGUCGCUGGAACCUAUUGAAAAGGCCCACGUCUUGCUCUAUUUGGGAGAUUCUGUCACUACAGAUCAUAUAUCUCCUGCUGGAAGCAUUGCUAGGAGCAGUGCUGCUGCUAAAUAUCUGACAAACAGAGGCCUCACUCCUCGUGAGUUCAAUUCUUACGGGGCCCGAAGAGGAAAUGACGCUGUAAUGACGAGAGGCACCUUUGCCAAUAUCAAGCUUUUCAAUAAGUUCAUCGGAAAACCAGCUCCCAAAACAAUUCACUUUCCGUCGGGACAAACGUUAGAUGUAUUUGAAGCAGCGGAGUUGUACCAGAAGGAAGGUAUCCCGCUGAUCAUUUUAGCAGGAAAAAAAUAUGGGUCGGGAAAUUCAAGAGAUUGGGCUGCCAAAGGACCAUAUUUGCUGGGUGUGAAAGCUGUUGUAGCUGAAAGUUAUGAAAAAAUUCAUAAAGAUCAUUUGAUUGGUAUUGGCAUCGCUCCACUUCAGUUCCUUCCAGGAGAAAAUGCAGAUUCUCUGGGCCUCACUGGGAAAGAGCAGUUUUCCCUAACAUUUCCUGAAGAUCUAUUUCCAGGAAUUACAUUUACUAUAAAGACAAGCACUGGAAAAGUAUUCAGCGUGAUUGCUUCAUUUGAAAAUGCUGUGGAAAUAACAUUAUUUAAACACGGUGGAAUAUUAAACUAUGUGGCCCGAAGAUUUUCAUAGUAUCCACUGACUACUAGAUACCUUUCUUAACUGGUUACUCAGCAAAUGCCUUGUGUGGACCCAGGAAUCAGUACCAUGGAACAGCAAACAAUUCCAGUGCUCUAUUAUUUUUAUCCAUGGAUGUAAAUGAUUGUGAAUCAUCGUAGUGACUGCAACAAGAACCUUCUUGAUUUUAAAUACUAUACGACUGGUGCUAUUAACAUUGCUAAAAGCGUAAGUGUGUUGUGGAAGAGAGUUGUAAGUAUUGGGGGGGGGGGGAUAUUUUAUCAGAUCACUUUGUAAAUAAACAAGGCAGAAUUUGAACCAAAAUUGUGAAAAUUAUUCUGUACUAACCUUCUUGCAGUUGUUCUUGUUUAUUUUUUGCCCCUAUAAAACUGUCUACUGCCGUGUGUUGGUUUUAAAGGUGGCGGAUUUGUAGUAGGAGAAGCAAGCAUGACUUUCUCAAAUCGGAAAGCUGGAAAACAGACUUUCAGGUUUUAAUUAGACUGGGAGUAGUCAAAAUUGAUGUGACGUGUGACUUUUUCUCCUUUUGUUCGUAAUGAAAGCCAGGGCUUCCCUCAGCAAAGAAUAUGGCUCCUAGAGACUACAAGCCCUGCUACACCAUAUGCAGUCCCAUCAAACCCAAAGCUGCUCAUGUACAUGAAGGAUGGUAUUAAACCACAAUGGGACUUGUAUUGUGCGUGGGAAACACCCGCAUAUUAAGAGAAGAUGAAUUCGGACUCUUCCGAUGUGCAAUCCCAACUGUUUGUUCACUCAACCUGCAGUUAGGCAAAGCUUGAAUAUCAUCCUAUUACAAGAAGUGCAACUGGGCAGUUGCCUUCCAUGUGCAUUGCAGCGAUUUCCAAGUAAAUGCUGGUUUUAAAGUGUCAUCGAGUCCAACAGGUUCCCUGAUGACGUCUGGGGGAUUGGGAUUGGGUUGCGGUUGGAGUAGGAUCCUGGAUCUCUAGGGAUCCAGUCAGAGCAGGGAGAGGAGAGGAGGAAGAAGAGGUGUUGACAGGGAACCGGGAAGGUAGAGAUACAAAUGAGAAAAACCACCACCUCACCCUUCCCAAACAGGAAGAGAAGGCUGAAGAGCCAACGUGAACCACCAUGCUACUGCCGCAGCCGCGCCAGCCAGUUGGAUCGCGUUCUAAUGAGAUGUUAACGGAUCAAGAAAAUCCCGUGGGCUUUCUAGUGUUGCUAAAGAACUAAAAUGCGAAAGGUUUUAUUUUAUCAAAGGAUUAUUCAUCCACCUCCUCCCACCUUUCUGACGUGGCUUUUCAUUUUGGCAAGUACUUAACCUCCAUUUUGAAUAUAACAUGAGUGGCGAAUCCCUAUGUGCUUCUUACCGGUUUUAAUUUUGGUUGCCCUUGAAUUAUUUAUAGUACCUUCCUCUGCUUUGGAGCGUCCUCCGUUCCUUACCCUGGCUCGGCAUUCAUUGAGAUGUCAUUUUAGAGUGUUAAUUUUAGAGAAGCAGCGUGGCCUAAUGGAGAGAGCACGGGCCCGGGAGUCGGAAUGACCUGGGUUCUAAUCC